UACCUCCACCACCAUCUAGCGGUCAACAACAAAACUAUAAACAUGGCGGCGACCAUCAGGACGUUGUGUUGCACAGUUUUUCAACACUCCAGUCGGCACCUUUCCACGACUUGUUGUGUCCGAGGAGGGCUUAAAUGGAGACUAGAGCAUGGUUUAGCCCGUAGUGGAUCAGAGUACGGCCCCCUAACAGAUCUCCCUGACUGGUCCUUUGCUGAUGGCCGGCCUGCUCCUCCAAUGAAAGGACAGUUGAGGAGAAAAGAAGAAAGAGAAACACUGACAAGACGUAUUGUGGCCCUAGAAACAGAGGUUGAUAAAGGGAUGGACCAGUGGAAACAGAAGCAAGAAUUGUCCAAAGAGAUGGAGGUGCAGAAGAAUUCCCUCCUGCUCAAACGUAAAGGAAACUCAUUAUUGAAGAAGAAAUAAUAAAGAGUUAUUGGUGAUGAAAAAAAAGAAAGC